AUCGCUCCGCAGUCGUAUUUCUGACUCGAGAGUACUCGUGUGUGUCGUUCUAACCUUUAACGUUACAAUCGACGCGGUGGUGAUAGAAAAUCUUUUUCUUGUACAUUUAUAAAAACAAAGUAAACGUUAAUCCUUCUUUGUCUCGCUCUUUCUUUCUUUCGGUAGUUCGAAACAAGAAGAGGAACACGUUUCUCUCAAAUACCGAUAUUACAACUGAGAAGAUGAGCACGCCGGUGAAGAAGGUGCCCAUCCACCUGCAGAGCGCGCAGAAUCGGUUAUUGAUCAAGAAUGGAAAAGUUGUUAACGAGGAUGGUAUAAUCGAUAGUGACGUUUACAUCGAGGAUGGCAUUAUUAGGCAAAUGGGCCGCAAUCUCAUUAUACCGGGUGGUACAAGAACCAUCGAUGCACGUGGAAAAUACGUGAUGCCAGGUGGUAUAGACCCGCAUACUCAUUUUGAAUUGGAAUUAAUGGGUGCCAAAACAGUUGAUGAUUUUUAUCAAGGCACAAAAGCGGCUGUCGCUGGUGGUACGACGAUGAUUAUCGAUUUUGCCUUACCUCAAAAGGAUGAAACCAUUCUUGAAGUUUAUGAGAGGUACAGACAGAUUGCGGAUGAAAAAGUUUGCUGCGAUUAUGCUCUUCACGUGGCUAUUACAUCCUGGAGUCCGAAAAUAAAAGAAGAAAUGACGUUGCUGACGAAAGAACACGGCGUAAACAGUUUUAAAAUGUUCAUGACUUAUUCUUUCAUGUUAAGAGAUAUUGAUUUAAUCGAAACGUUCAAAGCUUGUAAAGAAUUAGGAGCAUUGGCUAUGGUUCAUGCUGAAAAUGGUGAUAUUAUUGCUGAGAAUACUAAGAAAUUAUUAGCUGCUGGAGUGACUGGACCAGAAGGUCAUGAAAUGUCACGACCUGAAGAAGUUGAAGCGGAAGCAGUGACCAGAGCUUGUACGAUAGCAAGUCAGGUAAAUUGUCCGCUGUACGUAGUGCAUGUGAUGAGUCGUAGCGGCGCAGAAGCCGUCGAAGCUGCUCGUAAACGCGAUGUUUGCGUCUUUGGCGAGACCUUGGCAGCUGCUGUUGGUACUGAUGGUACCAAUUACACGCAUAAAUGUUGGAGGCACGCCGCAGGACACGUUUUAAGUCCACCUCUUAGGCCAGACCCGAAUACACCCCUUAUACUUUUAAAUUAUUUGGCAAGGGAUGGCCUUCAAUUAACUGGCAGUGAUAAUUGUACCUUCAAUGCUGAACAAAAAGCUUUGGGUAAAGAUGAUUUCUCUAAAAUACCAAACGGAGUUAACGGAGUCGAGGACAGAAUGUCCGUAGUAUGGGAAAAAGGAGUACAUGCAGGAAUCAUGGAUCCUACGAGAUUUGUUGCAGUUACCAGUACAAACGCAGCGAAAAUAUUUAAUAUUUAUCCUAGAAAAGGAGUGAUCGCUGUAGGCUCUGACGCCGACAUCGUUGUUUGGGAUCCUAACAGGAAACGUACGAUUUCUGCUCAGACUCAUGUCCAAGCUGUUGAUUUUAAUAUUUUUGAGGGUAUGGAAGUUCAUGGUGUACCUGAAUACGUUAUCGUAAACGGUCGUGUAUGUGUGGACGAGUGUGAAUUAAAAGCCGUUCAUGGUUUUGGAAAGUUCGUAGAGACACCAACGUUCUGCAAUUACGUAUACGACAUGAUAGAAGAACGUGAGAAGAGACCUAGAGGUGUACCACGAACGGAAGCAGAAGCAAAGAAGUAUGCCGAGGAGGAUGCUGCUAUCGCUAAGGCUAGGGAAGCAGCAAAGGCAGCAGCUGCAGCUGCUUUGCAUAAUAAUCAAACAAACGGUACUCAUGAAAGUCCUAAACCGAAAUUGGCACCGGUUGAUUGUAUACCCACUUUACCUGACUCUGCGAUUAUGACGCCAUCAUCGAAAGGUCCUCGAUUGGAAGGACAAAGAAAUUUACAGGAUUCUACAUUCUCUAUCAGUGAGGACGUCGAGGAGGCACGAAGAGCUUGCAUUCGUGUUAACAAUCCACCUGGUGGACGUAGUGCGGGAGGUUUUUGGUAAUUUUGUAAAAGAAAGCAUACACACAGAAUUGCUUGGCGGAUAGAAAUGAUCAAAGCGACAGUCGAAUUGUCCUUUUUUCCUUCUCCUCACAUAUUUUUCUUUUCUCAUAUACUACAUUAUCAUUACAACGUUCAGUCUGCUUUUAUAGGUUUUGCUAAUCACCAAAUAUUAAGCUAAGUUUAGUUGAUUUCAUUGGUGUUCUCAUCGAUUAAGGUCUGUUCCAUCGAAGGAGGAUUUGGAGGCCACUACCCAGUAGGUUGUAUACUACUUGUAUUCAUUCAUAUAUAUAUAUAUAUAUACACAUAUAUAUAUCUUUCCACUUCUCGCUUCAUUAUCUCGCUUUUAUAAUCGCUUCAUUGUCAAGUUCCAUUGUCAUUCCAUUAUCGCUCCGUCGUCGUUUUGUCGUCGCUUCUCACAUUUUGGCCUUGGAUUCUUUUAAUGUUGCAAAGAUAUGUAGAAACAUGAUCUGUAAUUCAUGCGAGCAAAGUGACCUAUCUUCAAAAUGAUUCAAAUAGAUAGACUAUUGAUCCAAUGAACGUAAAGAAAAAAACGACGAUUUAAAUCUUUUCAACUUCCAAGGUCAAUUUUUGAGCUCUAUCUAUUAUUAUUUAUUAAAUAGAUUACAGAACAUUUAAAGCCUCUUUUUUCUCUCUUCCGUAUUGCUAUAAUACAUAAUUUUAUAUCUAACGUGUAGAUGUAAUCUAACGCGCUUAGUCAUUUUUAUAUACAGUUGCAUUGUCCUCAGGAUAGGAAACAAGAUACGGAACAAUCAAAAAUGAUUUGUCUGUCGUAAUUUUGUUUGUUUCUUCUUACUUUUGUCUGACAAACUAAUUUAUACCUCUUAGGAUCUCUAUUGACAUUUUACUUUUACCCAUGACAACUACGUAAUAUAUAUAUAUAUUCGUAUAUUUGAUGAUAUACCAAAAUUUUUGUUGCAUAGAUAUCAUCCUCGACAAACGAAAUAUGUUUUUUCUAUUGACGUUAAACUUUUUACUCCUUUAAAAAUGUGACGAAAGAAGGUGAUUGUUUAGCAUAUUACGAUCUUAACCCUUCAUAUAAUUACAGAAAUUUACAAAAAAAAAAGAGACAUUUUCUUUUGUUGCGCGAUAAAACGUAUGUACUUGCAUUAUUAUUUGUAUGUAUGUAUGUGUCUGCAAAAUCAAUAAUGUUGGAGUUGUAAAUGUCUCACAUACAACAUUCACAAGUAUCUGAAGAUUAAUUGGUUUAUAAAGAGAUUUAAUAAUAUGAUUGUUUGUUUUAUAUUCGAAAUUUAUGUUAUAGUUGUAAUGUUAUGUCUUAUUACAGGUAAUGAUAAUAUAUUUGAGCAUAAGUACAAUUUAUUGCAGCCUUAAAAAAUAUUAUGUAAAUAUAAAAAAGAAAAAAUCAGUUAUAUAUAUAGUUUACAUUUAUAUUAUUAAUAACAAGGUGUAGUAUGUGAUUUGUUUAAACUUUAUCAAAGGUUUCUCGGUUAUUAACAAAGUUAUUUCAAAGUGAAGCCUGGAAUUUGUUAAGAUUGUAACACCAAUUUCAGUAUAUAUUUCCCGAUUAAUAUAUAUAUAGUUUUUAUUUGUAAGAUGUUAAUCUUGGAACUUUUAUGAUUUAUAUACACAAUAUAAAAAGAAAAGUAUAUAUAUAUAUAAAUUCUUCUAUUAAAGCUUAUCCAACAAAUAGUGGCAGCUGAUGUACGAAUAACUCAAAUCGAUAAAAUUUGUUGUCGUUUCUUCUUUAAUAUAGAUUUCAUAAUUAUGAGCUAUGAAAGCUAUACGUUACGCACAAAUGUUUUACAUCAAAUGGUUAAAUAUUUAAAAUCUCCUUUCAUAAAACGAGCAAUUUACAAAUAUGUGCAAUUAUUACAUAUAUAUGUAUACAUACACACACGCGCGCGCGCGCGUAUUUAAAGAGAAACAAUAUAACUAAAGAAAAAAAAAAAGAACAUUAGCAAAAUAAUGAUCUUUUAAAUAUAGUUUUUCAUGUUACAUGUAUCAUUUUCCUGUUAUUUUAUUAUAUGAAUUUUAAAGUUGAUAAUAUCACAUUCCAAUUUGUCAAUUUCUUUUUUCAUUUUUUUUUUUUUUGUAUACUCUUCUAUAAUAAAUUAGAAUGAAUUGAAUCACUUUGUAAUUAGAAUAUACAUUUGUUCUAAAAAAAUGAUUAUGAAAGUAUCUUCAUUUUCUAUCAAAAAUGAUAGUUCCGAUUCGUAAUAAUAAUAAAAAUUAUUACUAUUAUUGGUAAUAGCAACUGAUCUGAUGAUAAUAAUAAACAUUAUAUAAUAAUCGUUUAUAUAUAUAUACAUAUAUAUAUAUAUGUAUAAACCAAUGUUACUUCUAAUGAAAAACGUGUGAGACAUUCACGAAUGACCAAUUCAUAGCACUGUAUCACUGAGAAGCUGUUAUUAUAAUCAUCCUUCACUGUUAGUAGAAUCGUAAAUAGAGACUUGUGUCGAUUUUUUAGAUUGAUUACCAGUUUUCUAGACAAAUUUUAUACAACAUUUUUACAAACUUUUAGAUAUUCAUAACAUUGGGAUUUAGGGCGAAUGAAUUUUAGCAUCUAGUUUUUUCCAAAAAUGAACUAUUCGAAGGACACUUUAUAGGCCUUUUAUAUGAAUCAUGGCAUACAUUAUAAAAUGCAUUAAAUAUUUAUUUUGUUCAUAUCAUAAUUUAAAAGGAGUACAACAAAAUAAGAUGAUCAAUUGCAUUUACAUUAAAAUUGUUUUUAAGUAUUCGAUUGUAUUUUUUAACAAAUUAUUCGAACGAAGAAACAAUUAUGUUCCCUCUCAAUCGAUUUAUUACAAUAUUAUUAUUAUUAUUAUUAUUAUUAUUAUAUUGUUAAUUUAGAUUGUAAAUUGACGCACAAUUGACGUACGUAAAAUGCGCUGCAAUCUUUAAUGCUUUUUUUUUAUUAAACGCCACUAAAUAUGCUUCGUAUAGAAGCAAUAUAUGAUAAACGUAGCUAAUAAUAAUAAAAAGUGGGUGAUGUGUUUGUGAAAGGAGCUUUGCUAAGAAUUGAAAAUUCUAUACAAUAUUAUUAUUAUUAUUAUACUUAUUGAUGUGUUCACGUCAUGUGAUUCCGACUGGAGGAGUAUUCAGAAAAAUUAUGUGUAAUAUAUCGGAUAUAUAAUUCUAAGAUUAUAUACAAGAAAUGAUAUAUACACAGGCGGAUAACUAUUUAUGUCUGUUAAUAAUUAAUGUAUAAUGAUAGCUUCAAAAUAAACAUAACGCGAUAUUAAUAACAAA